AUGGAUUACGUCACAAAGAUGGUAGAAGCUGGAUUUCCGGUCGACAGAUUCGGGCAUUGUUUUAAAAAUAAAGAAGAAUUUUCCAGCUUAUCAGAAAAGCAACUACAAUCGUACAAGUUCUAUUUGUCAUUCGAGAAUGCGGAGCAUUGUAAAGAUUAUGCUACCGAAAAGUUCUGGAGAAAUGGUAUUCAAUAUGGGAGAGUCCCUGUUGUUUGGGGGCCAAGCAAAAAGGACAUUGAAUAUCUGGCCCCACCUGGGUCUUUUAUCCACACAGAAGAUUUUGAAAGCCCGGCCAAGUUGGUUGAAUAUCUUUUAUAUCUUGAUAAGAACGAUACAGCAUACAGGGAAUAUUUUAACUGGGUUCGAAACCCAGGAGAGGGAAUGGAAAGAAUUAAAAAACUUUAUUCACGAACCAGAGAAGAGGUUCUAUGUGAUAAACUGCUGUCCAAUCCAACAGAAAACAUCCAUUCUUCAAUGACAGACUUUUUUUACAAUUCCGAACCUACCGAAUGCUUAGCAUAG